AUGCCACACGCUCAACCUCUCGUCAUCCCCAAGGUCCUGUUUGACGAGGAGCCCACCACGGACGGCGCCCUGGCCUCAGUCCCUGACCCCAAGCUGCGGCGCGCCCUGGCGGACAGGACCAUGCUCAAGUCGUACAACCUGGCGCAGGGCGAGGGCGCCGCGCAGGUGCCUGCGCUGGCGCUACUGGUGCCAUUGGCUGGCCUGAAGGCAGCGCGCGCGGGUGACGCGGCAGGGCUGCCAGCGGAGCAGGAGGCGGAGGAGCUUGAGGGUGACUACAUGUGGGACCAGGAGUACGCCUGGAACCAGCUGCGGCGACCAGGGGAGGCCAAUCAGGAGGAGGAGGCGCAGGACUCUUACCUGCUGCGCCGUGAGGACGACAAGGUCACCUACUCACUCUUUGCAACAAAGCUGCGCUGCCGCAAGCGCAAGCGCAAGGCGGAGGACGACCCCAUCCCCGCCAAGGUGGCCAUCAUGCACCGCGAGCUCACGGAAGCGGAGGAGGCUGAGAACCUUGAGCGGCGGCACCCCGACGUCCCAGAUGGUGACUCGGAUUAG